AUGUCUACUAACAAGAAGCAUCUUAGACUUCUGCGCGAGGUUGAGAACACAGACAGCUGGAGGGGCAUGUCGCAACGAAACAGGGAGGCCAGGCCGCGGGCCCCUCGCAACAGCAGCGCCCAGGGCGAGGAGGUUGGGCUCUGGCAAAAGAUCCAGGAGGAUAUUGCAACCAUCAUCGAGGAGGUGAAUCAGAGCAACGACAACGUCCGCCAGAUCGCCGGCCAGGAGAGCUACAUAGCCAGCAACCAGGACUCCAAGGACCCCACCGACAUCAAGUCCGUAGACCAAGGGCUGCACAGCCUGGACAAGCUCUAUCGGGACGGCGUCAAGAUCAACGAUGCUACCGGAAAGAAAAUUGCCGACGUGCUGAGCUUCAUUGAGAUCUUGAAAGGCAUCCAGGAGGCUAAGGAGAAGGCUGCCGCUCCAGCACUCGGGUCAUCAUCCCGUUCUGCCAGCCUGCUUUCCGGGACCGGCCGCAGUUCCAGCCGUGCCGGCAAGCCCGACAAGGCAGACAGAGAACGGGAGAGGGAGCGCGAGCGGGAGCGGGAGCGUGAGAGAGAACGAGAAAGGGAUCGGGAACAACGAGAAAAGGACCGCGAGCGUGAACGUGAGCGCGAGCGGGACAAGGAGAGAGAACGCAACCGAGAUCGCGACCGGGACCGUGACCGGGAGCGGGAGCGCGAACGAGAACGUGAGCGUGACGCCGAAAGAGAUGCGGAAAAGGACCGAGACAGGGACAAGGACAAGUCUGAUCUAUACGACUUUGACGGUUCCGCUGAUAGCCCGCACCCCAGCCCCAUUGGCGGCCACGCCAGGAAGCUCGGCGGGCGUAGCGGAGGAGCGUCAAGCGACCGGUCCGGCAACCGUGACAGUGUCCCGCCGCGCUCUGGCGACCGCGACACGCCCAAGGCCGACAGCGCGGAGCCGCAGUCUAGCAGCUUCUCGUCGGGGGCGCCGACGGUGGGGAGCUCGAUCCGCGCCAAGGUCAUGUUCUCGCGGGACCAGGACGUGGCGUUCAAGCCGAAGCCGCCGACGCCCAACGACACGACGGAGUGGUACCUGGGAAAGGUGAAGCAGGUGGUGGGCGAGGGCAAGGGCCGGCGCUACAUUGUCAAGGAUGAGGACCCGGACGUGCCGUCCCCGGCCCGGAAGGAGUAUAAGAUGAGCGCGUCUGGGAUGAUCCCGAUCCCGCCGCCCAGCACGGAGCUGCCGAAGCUGGACAAGGGCAAGACAGUGUUGGCGUUGUAUCCGGACAGCACCACGUUCUACAAGGCCGAGGUGACAGGGAUGGAUGCCAGCACGGGCAAUGUCAACCUGAGGUUCGAGGGCGAGGAGCAGUCGGGCACGCAGCAAGUGGUGGAGCGGCGGUUUGUAGUGGACUAUCGGGACUAG